CGGCUUUGUGUCUCGGCGGUUUCCGUUUUACUAUUCAGCUGCCGGUGAGCGCGGAUAUUGAGGGUCGAUCGUCGGUGGAGCCGCAGCCAUGCUGCCUCAUAUUACGCUGCUCGUGCUGACUGCUGGAGCGCUGGCGCUGGAGGUACCAGCAGAUGGAAAUGGAGGCCUGUUGGCAGAACCACAGAUUGCCAUGUUCUGUGGCAAGUUGAAUAUGCACAUGAAUGUUCAGAAUGGGAAAUGGGAGACCGAUGUGUCCGGGACGAAGGGCUGCAUCGGAACCAAGGAGGGAAUCCUUCAGUACUGUCAGGAGGUAUACCCAGAGCUGCAGAUUACCAACGUUGUUGAAGCCAACCAGCCGGUGACAAUCCAAAAUUGGUGCAAGAAAGGACGAAAGCAGUGCAAGAGCCGCACUCACAUUGUGGUCCCCUACAGAUGCUUAGUUGGGGAGUUUGUUAGCGAUGCUCUGCUCGUUCCAGACAAGUGCAAGUUCCUUCAUCAGGAAAGGAUGGACAUUUGUGAGACUCACCUGCACUGGCACACUGUGGCCAAAGAGUCCUGCAGUGAGAAGAUCAUGAGUCUUCAUGAAUACGGAAUGCUUCUUCCAUGUGGAAUCGAUAAAUUCCGGGGGGUGGAGUUUGUGUGCUGCCCGACUGCCGAAGAAAGCGAGAGCUUUGACUCCGCAGAUGCAGAGGACGAUUCCGAUGUCUGGUGGGGAGGUGCCGAUGCAGAUUAUGUGGAUAGAAGUGAUGACAAGGCUGUAGAAGCCCAACCAGAAGAAGAGGAGGAAGUUGUAGAGGUGGAAGAGGAGGAAGCGGAUGAUGAUGAUGAAGAUGAUGGGGAUGAAACAGAAGAAGAACCUGAGGAGCCCUAUGAAGAAGCUACCGAAAGAACAACAAGUAUAGCCACUACCACCACUACUACUACAGAGUCUGUGGAAGAAGUUGUAAGAGCAGUUCCCGCCACAGCCGUCAGCACCCCUGACGCAGUCGACAAGUACCUGGAAAACCCUAAUGAUGAAAACGAACACGACCGCUUCCUCAAAGCAAAGGAGAGGUUGGAGGGCAAGCACCGGGAGAAGAUGUCCGAGGUGAUGAAGGAAUGGGAGGAAGCUGAACGCCAAGCAAAGAACCUUCCCAAGGCUGACAAGAAGGCAGUAAUACAGCAUUUCCAGGAGAAAGUCGAAUCCCUAGAGCAAGAAGCUGCAAACGAAAGGCAACAACUGGUCGAGACCCAUAUGGCCCGAGUGGAAGCCACGUUAAAUGAUCGGCGACGAAUUGCCCUGGAGAAUUACAUCACCGCUCUGCAAGCCGAUCCUCCACGGCCCCGCCAUGUGUUCAACAUGCUGAAGAAGUACGUGCGGGCAGAGCAGAAGGACAGACAGCACACUCUCAAACACUUUGAGCAUGUCCGCAUGGUAGAUCCCAAGAAGGCAGCUCAAAUCCGAUCUCAGGUAAUGACACACCUUCGAGUGAUAAACGAGAGAAUGAACCAGAGCUUCUCACUCCUUUACAAGGUGCCGGCCGUGGCUGAGGAAAUCCAGGAUGAAGUCGAUGAACUCUUCCAGAAGGAGCAGAACUACUCAGAUGACAUGGUGUCCAACAUGGUGAGCGACCACAGAGUCAGUUAUGGCAACGAUGCCCUGAUGCCGUCUCUCAGCGAGACCAAGACCACCGUUGAGCUUCUUCCCGUAGAUGGAGAGUUCAACGUAGAGGACCUCCAGCCCUGGCAUUCAUUCGGCGUGGACUCUGUUCCGGCAAACACUGAGAACGAAGUGGAACCAGUGGACGCCCGCCCUGCUGCAGAUAGAGGGCUCACUACACGGCCAGGCUCGGGACUUACCAAUAUCAAAAGAGAGGAAAUCUCAGAGGUAAAGAUGGAUUCUGAAUAUAGACACGAUGCCGCCUAUGAAGUGCACCAUCAGAAACUGGUCUUCUUUGCAGACGAAGUGGGAUCAAACAAAGGAGCAAUCAUUGGUCUGAUGGUGGGAGGCGUUGUCAUAGCAACGGUGAUAGUCAUCACUUUAGUGAUGCUGAAGAAGAAGCAAUACACAACUAUUCAUCAUGGUGUAGUAGAGGUGGAUGCGGCAGUGACCCCAGAAGAGCGCCACCUCACCAAGAUGCAGCAGAACGGCUACGAGAACCCGACGUACAAGUUCUUCGAGCAGAUGCAGAACUAAGAAGGCGCCACCUCUCGAAUCCGACAGCAAAGGAAACCGCUUCCCCCGCCGCUCGGGGGCCGUUCAGCUCUAUACAUAUAUAAAUAUAGGGAAAAAAUUUAAAAAAACCCCCACCAAUGUUGUAUAAUUUGACUCAUUCUUCGCCUUUUUUGACAGCUGUGCUGUAACACAAGUAGAUGCUCCAACUCGAACUAAUACCUACGGGAUUAUCAGUAACGUAUUCUCUUAACACUUCCGUCUUUCCACGACAUUAUCGAUGAAUGUUUUUGUGUACUGUAAAGAGUUUAGCUGUCUCUUAUCUACUGCAUGCCUAGCCCCUCCCCCCGUCCCCCAUUAUUUAUCACGUUGUUCCAGUUGUAUAUUAUUCUUGUGAUUUGUGACGGAAACAAAAAACAAAAAAAGCAAAAAUGAAGUCCUGACUGAAACCUGCUUUACAAACGACCGGGGAUGGCAUUUUAUGUAUGUAAGGCUCCGCUGCUUCCCUUUGCCGAAUACAAUUUCUUUUUUUCACCCUCGCUGUGCAUUUAAAAUUUCAAUUUUUAAAAAAAAAAA